AUGAAGACUUUACCCGGGGUAUGGAACAACAUUGCAUGUAUAAAGAAUGAUCUCAUGAAAAACAAAAUCCUUGUUUGCUCAGUGUUUUCCAAGCAUCAAGAUCCCACAAGUGAAAUCUGGAAAUGUGGCUUAACUUCGGAUGGUUCAUAUUCAGUGUGUGCCCUGAGGAAUAAAUGGGACUAUAGGACCCCUACCAUUGAUUCUAAUUUUCAAUGGCUUAAAGAAAUACCACUAAAAGUAUCAUGCUUCACCUGGAGGGCGCAAGCGGGCAGAAUUCCAUCCGUAAACGAACUGUCAAAAAGAGGGGUAUAUGUGGAAUCAUUGACAUGUCAGAUGUGUGAGGAGAUAGAAGAAUGUCUAGACCAUACUCUUGUGGCAUGCUCUUAUGCAACGAUGGUUACAAAGGGGAUAUUAAGAUGGUGCAGGGUGCAAGCUGAAAGUUUUCAUAAGGUGAAUCAAAGUCUAUAA